CCUUGCAUUAACAGGCACCACCAUGGUUUCACCUGGAGGCAGCAGCAGCUCCCAGAAUUCCAGGCCAGGGACCACAGGAGCAUCAGCAAGUGCUACCACGGGAGCCAAAAAGAAAAUUACAGGUGGCACGGACUUCAGAGAAGCUGGAUCAGGGGCCCCGACUGCACCCACAAUAGAACCUGAGAAAGAGACCUCAGCCAGCGAACCAAGCCCAGGAGCGACAAGCCCAGGAAAAUCAGGGACUACAGGACCCUCAGCUGGUGAACCGACUAGAGCACCAGUCAGUGAAGUGACACCAUCUGAAACGGGCACCUUAGGUACCUCUGGGCCCUCAGGUGGUGCCACGGGUGGAGGUGAAGGUACACCUGAGUCUCCCAGCAGUGGGGCUACAAGUUCUUCAAAUAAGCCAGGCACAACUGGACAAUCGGCUGCAGGAUCAGGCACCACAACAGUAGCAUCCUCUGGAGUGACAGGAACAACGGGACCGUCACCUGGAGGGACAGGGAAAACUGAACCGUCAUCUGAAGUAUCUGGGACGAAGGGGACCAUCGCAGGAGUGACAGGGACAUCCAGACCGUCACCUGGGAAAUCGGGAACAACUGAACCAUCAGCUGAGGGGUCAGGGACGAUGACGCCAUCUUCUGAGCACCUAGGAACACCUGCACCAACAACUGGAGCGCCAGGAACAACUGUCCCAUCAGGGAGAGUGUCCAGCGGUGGAGGGUCCUCAUCGGGAACAGUAGGAACCACUAGAUCACAUGUUGUAGGUUCAGAGACAACUGGACCUUCAUCAAAGAUAAGUGAAGCAGCAACUGGAACGCCAGGGGCACCUGGGUCAUCGCCUGAACCAUCAUCGGCGACAGAACCAUCAGCUGGAGGAUCAGGGACAAGUGGAUCAGCCUCUGGAGAAUCAGAGACCCCAGGAUCAUCCACAGGACACUCAGGAACAACCGGAGCAUCUGCUAGAGUUUCAGGAACAACUGAAUCGUUACCUGCAAAAUCAGGGACAACGCGACCAUCAGGCCCAGGAACAGGAACAACUGGCCCAACAGCUGAAAUGUCAGGAACCACUGGAGUAGCACGUGGAGGAUCGGGGACCACUGUGUCAGCAGCUGGAUUGCCAGGGACAAGUGUGUCAACUCCAGGUGGGUCAGGAGCAUAUGAGCCAUCGACUGGAACACCAGGGGCCACAGGUCCAUCUACUGGAGAACCGGGAUCAAGAGGGACAUCUUCCACAGGUUCGGAAACAACUGAAUCAUCUGAAAAAUCAAGGACAACUAGACCAUCAGGUCAGGGAAGAGGAACAAGUGGCCCAACAGGUGAAACGUCUGGAACCACUGGAGUAACAGCUGGAGGAUCAGGGGCAACUGGUUCAGGAGCUGGAUUGCCAGGGACGACAGGGUCACGUCAGGGAGGGUCCGGAACACAUGGGCCACCUUCAACGGGGAGACCAGCGGCAACUAGAACAUCUGUUGCGGGUUCAGCGACCACUGGCUCAUUCAGGGGAACAUCAGGGACAUCAGCAACGUUAGCAGAAGAACUGGGGACAGCGCAAGCAUCAACUGGAGUCCUGGGGACAACAGGGACAUCAGUGGUGACAGUCAGUGAAGGAGGAAGAACAACGGGGAAGCCAGGAAUAGAGAUGACCGCAUCUGGGGGAGCCUCCCGAGGGCCAGCGGGAACUACCAGAGGGCCCAGCAGGGGAAGCACAGCAGGAGCAGGAACCUCCGGGAGCGGAGCAGGCACACCCGAAGAACCAUAUGGAGCAACCACUGAAGCAGGUUCCACGGGUGGCACUCCUGGCUCUACAGUUGCACCUGAAAGUUUCAGUGCCGGCCCACAUAACAAAAUUCCACCAGUAUUAGCUGAAGGCACCACGGGCGUAGCCCCUGGCACAACUGUUGCCCCAGGAAGUUCCAAAACAGAGGCAACGACGUUCCUUGGGGAAAGCAAAGCAACUGGAAUUGGGAUAGCGACAGGUACUACUGGUAUAGUGUCUGGGAAAACUCUGGAGCCUGGAACCCGCAACACAGCGGCCACAACUACCAUGGUUGAAACGGGGACUACCGCAGCAGGGCUUCCAGGAGGUGAGCUAAUUAAAUCUGAGGCCUCUUCUCCUUUGAAUAGAUUCUCUCCUAGUGUGGCUAAGGGGAAACCAUAA